AUGCUUUCCCUAGGGCAACGGCUAAGGUAUAAAGAAGGAGGGCUCCAGCGAGAUACUUCGCCGGACCUGACAUACCUCGUUACGUCAUAUUCACCGUUGGUUACACGUGGUUUUGCUCUCUCUCCUUCAUCGUCCUCGUCCCCCGCCGACAUUUGGGCUGCUAUGAGUGAUCAGGCAAGGGGAGGCAUUUCUUUCUUUUGGAGUUGGUCAUAUUGGAGUACAUUUUUACUUACUUGGGCUGUCGUGCCUAUCCUUCAGGGUUAUGAAGAUGCUGGAGAUUUCACAGUAAUGGAAAGAUUAAAAACCAGUUUACAAGUGAAUUUACUUUUCUACCUCAUUCUUGCCUCUGUUGGACUCUUUGGACUUAUACUGCUUAUUUUAUUGCAUGAAAACUGGAGAGGUGGCAUCAUUGGGUUUGCAAUGGCUUGUUCAAAUACAUUUGGGCUUGUUACUGGUGCAUUUCUUCUUGGUUUUGGUUUAAGUGAAAUCCCAAAGGGUAUUUGGAGUAAAUCUGACUAUGUUUCCCGCCAAAAAGUUCUUUCCCAUAAAGUGGCUAGAGCAGCUCUAAAACUUGACGAUGCUCAUCAGAAUUUGUCAAAUGCUAUAGUUGCUGCUCAAGCAACAUCAAAGCAAAUGUCAAAUCGUGAUCCAUUGAGACCCUACAUGGAUAUCAUUGAUGUAACAUUGACAAAUAUGCUUAAUGAAGAUCCAUCUUUCAAGCCUCAAGGAGGAAGAUUAGGGGAAAAUGAUAUGGAUUAUGAUGCUGAUGAGAAAUCCAUGGCAACACUAAGACGCCAGCUAGGCAGAGCUAAAGCUGAGUACUACCGUUGUAAAAGUGAAUAUAUGAAUUUUGUGCUGGAAGCUCUUGAGCUUGAGGACACUCUAAAGAAUUUUGAGCGCCGAAAUGCAACUGGAUGGAAAUAUAUUUCAAGCUACAGGCCCGAGCGGGAAGGGAAGCUAGGAUUUUGUCUUGACACAAUUGAGCUGGUAUGGCGAUGUAUUUUAAGGAAGCAACUCCAAAAGCUUUUGGCUAUCAUACUUGGUUGCUUAACUGCUGCAAUUCUUGUAGCAGAAGCCACUAUACUCCCUAAAGGAGUUGACUUUUCUCUUUUUUCUUUUUUAAUUAAUGCAGCUCAAACAAAUGGAGUACUUGUACAGGUUGUUAGUUUCAUACCCUUAAUGUACAUGUGUGUUUGCACUUAUUAUUCAUUAUUCAAAAUCGGAAUGUUGACUUUCUACUCACUUACUCCAAGUCAAACAAGUUCAGUCAGCCUCUUAAUGAUAUGCUCACAGGUGGCGCGAUACGCACCACCAAUCUCAUAUAACUUCCUAAAUCUUAUUCGUCUUCCAGGAAAUACUAAUACUGUAUUUGAACAGAGAAUGGGGAAAAUUGAUGAUGCAGUUCCCUUUUUUGGGGAAAAUUUUAACAAGAUAUUCAGACUGAGAAAUGAAAGUAGUGAUGAUGUUGAUGGAUUUGAUCCAUCUGGAUUGAUGAUUUUGCAAAAAGAAUGUUCUUCCAUUACAAACGGACAUAAAGUUGGUGAACUUGUGAUUCCCUUAGCAAGAUAUUUUAAUGAUGCGAAUACAGAUAUAGAAACAGUUUCCCCUGAUUCAAAAGCAGCUCUUUCGAUAAACGAACCCCAUGAUACCACUAACAAAGAGAAAAUGAACCAAAAAUACAAAGCAUUAAGAGCGGAUGAAAAAAUCCGUACAAAUAGAACCUUCUCAAAUGCUUCUUCACUUGAUAUCGACACCAACACUAACAAUUCAGAAAGUGGACAAUCUUCAAGAACAUCGGCUUCUAGAAUAUCAUCAACAUGGGUGUCGAUGAAGACAAAUUUCCAUAAUUUAAGGUCUAAUAUGGCGGCUAAAAGAUUCAUGCAAGUACCUCAAUCACAACCACCUCAACAAUCACCUUCUCAAUCUCUCGAUGAGAUCUUCGAGAGGUUAAAACAACCGCCACGAGCUAAUGAUGACGAGGAUCUUGACGGUUUUGCUGUGGGCCCGAGUAAUCGUGGGCCCCAAAGGUGAAAUACAUUGAUGUUGUUGUAAAUUUUGUUAUAUAGGAUGAAGAUUUGUGUUGAUUAGUGUGUAAAUGUAUAUUUAUAUUAUUGUAUACGUGCUUUGUUUUAAGAGUAAGAAUGUUAGAAUCCAUAAGUGACUCUCAACAACUUUUAGUUGUUGUGUGAUUUUGGUGGGCCACGUAUAGAGGCGUAGUGCAUCCAUGUUUUAGAUGAGUUAAGUUGAUAUGUGCAUAACAUUGGCUUGGGAUACACUUAAAUGUAUUUUACUCAUGCGUUAUAUUUCCAUUGCAAAAUGCCGAGCUUUUAUUGA